AAAACUAAAGAACGGCUGUCAGAGAGAGGAAGACAGGCUACAGGCAAGUGUUUUGGGAACCUGACAGCUGAUUUCAGUCCGCAGCAGCAUCACUCCAGCAGGGAAGGAGAGUGACGGAGGAGGAAGGAGAAAACAAGAGUGAAGGAUGUGGUGCAAGUGAUGAGGGUGGAGUUAAAGGAAACACUGAAGGUGGGAAGGUAGACAAACAGAGCAGCAAAUUGAUCCCCGGAGACAAAGAACACAAGGAGGAGCUGAGGAGCACAGCUGACAGGAUGCAAGCAAAGUGCCAAACAGUAUGAGGGAAGGAACCAUGCACCUGCGAUAAGACGAUUCUACACAGUAUAUAUCUUCUUGGACGUUCAGAAAUUCACCCAAACAAGUGAGGAUGUCAGGAUCAGACCCUCGCUGCACUCAUGGAGACACCGUCUGUGAGAUCCGUGUUUAUGAGCCGGAGGUGAUCGUGGUGCCUAUCCUCCUGCUGGCCAGCUUCCUGGUCACUCUGGUUUUCAUUCUGCUGCUGCGCUACUGCCCAGAGAAGGUCGACCGAAUCCGUCCACGAAAGAAAAUGACCACCAGGAGGAUACUGCAAGGCAUUGAUGCUCCACCUGGUCUCAAUGUACUUGAGCAUGAAAGCAUUGCGUUGGAUAUUCCCACUUCCUACUCCACCUUUGACGCUUCAAAAACGUAUCAAUCUCAAAGAUUUCCUGCAGCGAUGAGCAAUCCGGCUCCCUCACCCCGCCCCCUACUGGAUCCCAUCAAGACCAGUUUCACUCCCAUCGUCCAGCCCAGAGAGCUGCCCCGCCAGAGGCUGCCAGAGUCCUUCAACCUGGUCGCCCCUCUACAGGGUUCCUUCUCCCUGCGAGUCGACACGUCUGUGUCUCUCUACAGGGCACGCAUGGAAAACAGGAAUGUGGUGCUCCGGGUCCUCAAAGACUCAGCCGAUGCCGAUGAGAGACAUGACUUCCUGGGCUUUGCAUCUUUCCUCUCUCAGCUUGGUCCGCAUCCAUUCCUGCCAGAGCUGCUUGGUGUGGUCUCAAUUCGGGCUCCCCUGGUCACAGUGGUGGAGGAGCUUGAAAACAGGGACCUGCUCAGCUACUUGUGGCAAUGCAGACAGGACAAAGUGGAUCCUCCGUGUGAAAUGACUGAAAGGAGAAUAUUCACUAUGGGCAGUCAAAUUGCUUCUGCUCUGGAGUUCCUCCACAGCAAAGAUCUCCUUCACGGAAACAUUAGGGCCCGCAGCGUGCUGGUCACGAAGCAGCUCACAGCCAAGCUCUGGGGUCUGCAUGGAGUUUACAUAAGAAAAAGCAAGAAAGCCACUCAGAGGGACGAUCCCAGCAUGAAGAAGUGGCAGGCACCGGAGCUGCUGGUCAGGAAGGCAGCAACUAAGAGCAGUGACAUUUGGUCGUUUGGGAUCUUGCUAUUUGAGAUGGCAUCAUUAGGCGAUGCUCCAUUUGCAGAAAUCUCAAUUAACGAGGUUCUGCAGUUUCAUCAGAGAGGAAAAAACCUGAAAAAACCUUCCAACUGUUCCAACUCACUAUAUGCGCUGAUAAAAAGCUGCUGCCAGUGGAAAGAGCAGGAUAGACCCCUGCUGGCUGAAUUGAGCCGGAAACUUGUUUCAGGAGAAAAGGGCGCCUCUGAUAAAGUCCUCAAAGCCUCGGGGACGGUUAACCUGGAACAGUACCUGCAGGAGGCCGGAUACGGAGAAGCCAACAGCUACACCGUUUUAUGAUCAUUUACAAUGUCAAAUGCCAAAGAAGAAAUAUAUGUGUGCAUUUGCACUACUAUCUCCAAGCCUAAUAUAGCACUUAUACAAGUGACUUUAAGAUGCAAUUGAAGUGUUACAAACUGUGUUUGAGCACUUUUGGCGAUAAAAUGGGAUCUUUAUUAAGUUAUUGUUCUUAGGAUUCACUCAGUUGAACAGGGAACUCCUUAGUGAGUUCAUUUUGGGAGGAAAUUUCAUGAUUGUUGGAGAACAAUCAUACAAAAAGUCUUCUGUUUCUCAUCUAUGGAACUUUUUGGGGUUGAGGUUGGAAACAAAACUUGUGUUUUUGUGGUAUAAGACCAGAGAACAUGUAAACAUGAGUUUGUGCAGCUUUCUUACCACAUGAACCUGCAGGUGAUGCUGUCCAAACAUUAUGGUUUUCAACUUUUUAAAUUUUUAAAAAAAUGGACCAAUACCUUUUAAAAAAUGUAAUAUAUAAACUACCACAGAAGGAGUUACAAAGUAAAGGAUCUGUUAGUGUAACUAAUAAUAGCCAUAUCUACGUUUACUCAAGCAGGACGGGUCAUACAGAUGUCUGCAAGAACCAAACUCAGACUGUUUACAUAAACUCAAAAUGUUAAUGACAAUAUGAAUUAUCAUGAGGUUGAAAUGAACCUAUGACCAAUAAGCAACAUACUCAGUUCCAGUAAUGUUUAUUGAUAGUACUGCAUACAUGUACAGGGAGCUCUUCCAUUUAGACCUUGAAAGAGAAGAGCGUGAGUACCCACUUCCAGGUACUUUAUUAAAGCUUCUACAACUAUAUUGUCCCAUGAAAAAAUAAUUCUGAUUGUACUAUAAAAAUGAGAAAAUACAAAACUAAACUCUUCAUGACUAUUCAAAAAAGAAAACUACUAAAACACCAGGCUUGUUGAGUGUCAUUGUCGGUGAUGUGAUUGAAGCCUGGGCUUGGCAUCUAUGAC